AUGGGUAAGACGCGUGGUAUGGGAGCCGGGCGCAAGCUGCGCAACCACCGGCGCAACCAGCUGUGGGCGGACAAGCAGUACAAGAAGAGCCACCAGGGCAACGAGUGGAAGAAACCCUUCAUGGGCUCGUCCCACGCCAAGGGCAUUGUCCUUGAGAAGAUUGGUAUUGAGGCGAAGCAGCCCAACUCCGCCAUUCGUAAGUGCGCGCGAGUGCAGCUGAAAGAACGGCAAGAAGAUCGCCGCGUUCGUGCCCAACGACGGUUGCCUCAACUUCAUCGAGGAGAACGACGAGGUGCUCAUCGCCGGAUUCGGUCAGCGUCGUCGACCUCGCUUCCCCCGUCCGUCGAUCUCUUGCAUCCACCAUCCAUCGCCACAGUCCCUCGCCCAUCGCCCUUGCUUCCCCCGCCCAUCGCGCUCGCUUCCCCCGCCCAUCGCGCUCGCUUCACCCGCCCAUCGCGCUCGCGCUCGCUUCCCCCGCCCAUCGCGCUCGCUUUCCCCUCCCGUCGCCCUCGCUUCCCCCUCCCGUCGCCCUCGCUUUCCCCUCCCGUCGACCUACCAACCCCCUCCCUCCCCCUCCCCUCCCAUCGCCCUCCCAUCGCCCUCCCAUCGCCCUCCCAUCCCCUUCCCAUCCCCAUCCCGUCGCCCUCCCAUCCCCCUCCCGUCCCCAUCCCAUCACCCUCCCAUCCCCCUCCCGUCCCCAUCCCAUCCCCCUCCCAUCCCCCUCCCAUCCCCCUCCCAUCCCCCUCCCGUCGCCCUCCCGUCCCCACUUCAUCCCCCUCCCAUCCCCCUCUGAUCCCCCUCCCGUCCCCAUCCCAUUACCCUCCCAUCCCCCUCCCAUCGCCCUCCCAUCCCCCUCCCGUCCCCACUUCAUCCCCCUCCCAUCCCCCUCUGAUCCCCCUCCCGUCCCCAUCCCAUCACCCUCCCAUCCCCCUCCCGUCCCCAUCCCAUUCCCCUCCCAUCCCCCUCCCAUCCCCCUCCCAUCCCCCUCCCAUCCCCCUCCCAUCCCCCUCCCAUCCCCCUCCCGUCCCCAUCUCAUCCCCCUCCCAUCCCCCUCUGAUCCCCCUCCCGUCCCCCUCUGAUCCCCCUCCCAUCCCCCUCCCGUCCCCAUCCCAACACCCUCCCAUCCCCCUCCCAUCGCCCUCCCAUCCCCUCCCAUCCCCCUCCCAUCCCCCUCCCGUCGCCCUCCCAUACCCCUCCCAUCCCCCUCCCAACACCCUCCCAUCCGCCUCCCAUCCCCCUCCCAUCCCCCUCCCAUCCCCCUCCCAUCCACCUCCCAUCCCCCUCCUGUCGCCCUCCCAUCCCCCUCCCGUCCCCACUUCAUCCCACUUCCAUCCCCCUCUGAUCCCCCUCCCGUCCCCAUCCCAUCGCCCUCCCAUCCCCCUCCUGCUCAUUCUCUUCUCCACUGCUCAUUCUCUUCUCCACUGCUCAUUCUCUUCUCCACUGCUCAUUCUCUUCUCCACUGCUCAUUCUCUUCUCCACUGCUCAUUCUCUUCUCCACUGCUCAUUCUCUUCUCCACUGCUCAUUCUCUUCUCCACUGCUCAUUCUCUUCUCCACUGCUCAUUCUCUUCUCCACUGCUCAUUCUCUUCUCCACUGCUCAUUCUCUUCUCCACUGCUCAUUCUCUUCUCCACUGCUCAUUCUCUUCCCCCCUGCUCGCUCUGUUCCCCCUUUCACUCACCCCCAUCUCCAACCACGCAGUGUACAGAGCCUGCCAUGUUGCUGCAGUACGAACAGCAGCUGCUGACGUGGCUGCAACGGUUUUCCGACGAUCUCGCGAGUCGCAUCACCGAGAUCGACGGUCGGAUCGACGGGCUGCUGAGCGACGCGGCUCGGGUGGACUCGAAUCUUCGUGUGGCCGAGGCGAAGCUGCAGUGCGCUCCCGUGAUUCGCGGCGCCGUUCACACCAUAUCAAGCCCAGGGCAGUCGCGUGCAAGGCAGGCGCAAGGCGAGCUUAGCGGAAGGGCGGAGAUGUCUACAGCGGGGAUAUCAGUCGCUCAGAAGAAGCGGAACGAGAAGCAGAAAGACAAGCAAAAGGAGGAGCAGAAAGAGAAGCAGAAGGAGAACCAAAGGGAUAGGCAGAAGGACGAGCAGGGAGGAGAGAGGGGGAGGGGGUUGAGCUUUGAGGAGCGAGUUCAGGUGAAUUAUCAGGUGGCUCUGCAGCUAGGGUUUGAGGCGCUGGAAGGGAUACGAGAGGAGGGGGAGUGGGAGGAACGGACGAGAGGAGGAGGGAGGAGGAAGCAGCUUGGUAGAGGACUGGUUGCUGGUGGUCAAGCAGCGAUGAUUUCUCCCUUCCCUGAUCGGCCCGACUCACUCGCUGCCCUUGCCUCGCUCUACGAUUUCACCACUGCCAUCCCCACCCCCUCCUCUCCACCUGAAGAUUUAUCUGCUGCGCUUUCCAGGCAACAUCUUUCCCCUGAUGAGACACCUGAUGCAUCUGCUUCUGUUGCUGGGCACCUGGCUGGUGGUCAGCUCUCGCUGCCAGGUGCCUGGUCAGGUGGAUUUCCAGGUGGACCAGGCGCUUUCCCAGGUGCUGCUCCGUUCCUGCCUGGGCCGUCCUCCUCUCCUCCUCCCUUCCCAUCCCCUUCACUCUCUCUCAUGGAGCCGUCGGGAUGGGCUGUUGACAACUUCAGGUCCCUCCUGGAGCAAGCACUCAAAGCACCAGGUGCUGACAGCACCUGA